UAAAUUGUUGCCGUUUAAAUACACAUGCUUUCUGUGUUUACAUUGCAUUACAGGUGUAAACGCGAGCGAGAUAAGAUACACACAUGCAGGAUUUUAAAAUCGUUUUUUAGCAAGUUGGAAUAUUUUUGGUCACAGCUGAGAUCUUCAGUAUGUAGCUCAGACUAUGGGCCAGUGUCUGAGCCUAGACCACGAGGAACUGAAGGCCCGGGCUCGCAGUGAGGCCAUUGACCGAGACCUGCAGACCUGGGCCAAGAAAGACCAGAAUGUGAUCAAGAUUCUCCUACUGGGUGCUGCAGAGGGAGGAAAAAGCACCUUGGUGAAGCAGAUGAAGAUCAUCCACAAUGAUGGCUUCUCUUAUGAUGAACUGCUGUCAUUCAAGCCAGCUGUUCUGGACAACUUACUAGGUUCCAUGAAAUAUGUCCUCACUGGAAUGGGUUUGCUCCGGAUAAACCUGGAAAAUCCCAAAAACAGACAACAUGCACAGGUAAUCCUGACCUGUACCUGCUGCUUUGACAAGCGACACAACAUGAUCUCCCCGGUGUACAGCGCACUACGGGCCCUGUGGCAGGACCGAGGGGUCAGGAACGCAGUGUCCAGGGGGUAUGAGUACGAGCUCAAUGACUCUGCAAUAUAUUACUUUGAAAACAUGGACAGGAUAUGUAAGCUUGAUUUUGUGCCAAAUUCCAAAGAUGUGCUUCGAGUAAGAGUUCGGACAACGGGUGUUCUAGAAACCUGCUUCAAAAUUGAGAAUGUUGUAAUCAGAAUGUUCGAUGUUGGAGGUCAGAGGUCAGAACGAAAGAAGUGGAUUUCCUGUUUUGACUGUGUCAAGGCCGUCCUGUUUGUGGCAGCUCUUAGUGCUUAUGACAUGUGCUUGUACGAAGAUCCUGAUGUGAAUCGUCUUCGAGAGAGUUUAAAUUUGUUUAAGGGGAUUUGCAAUAACAGAUUUUUUAGAGAAGCAGCUAUGAUACUCUUCCUAAAUAAGCUUGAUUUGUUUAAAGAUAAAAUUCGCUAUUCAGGCAGACAUCUUAGACUCUUCUUUGAGGAAUUUAGAGGUAAAGACAAAGAUGUGAAGUCAGCAGCUAUGUUCAUUCAGCAACAAUUCAUCGAUCAGAACAUUGUGUCCAGUAAAGUCAUCUACCCCCACUUCACCACGGCAACAGACACCAGCAAUAUCCAAGUGGUGUUCCAGGUCGUCAUGGACUCUAUACUCAGAGACAAUCUCAGAAAGGCCUCCAUCUUAUAGCUCUCUACAAACUGGAAAAAGUUCUACAUUCCUUGUGUUUAUGUGAUAAAUGUCUUCCAGCUGCAGAUUCAAAACCAUGUUUCACUUAUUGACAUAAACUAUAUUGAAAUAACCAUUCCAUGCACUUCAAUUCCGUGUUAUGAAAUUUUUAUUGUACUUAACCGCAAUGAAGCCAUCUUUGCCAUUUUCUUCACAAGAACAAACCAUGUUUGUUUUUUAGUUGUGAUUUACAUGAACUGAUUGCAUUCCGUACUUAGGAUCUAUGCAUGAAAUGCAGAUAUAGUGAGGACAUGACAUCAUUACUGUUUGCUUUUCCUCACCCCUUCAUCAAUCACACGCCUCAAAGGUUUCGUCUGUGCUGAAGUGUUCUCAAACUUUACUAUUUUGAAAGCAUUCUACAAUACUGCCACUCUUAAAAUUGUUUCUGUUCAUAGCGUUUUGUAAAUCUUUUUUAUUUGAAUUCAAGUGUUGAUAGCUCAAGGGAGCGAACUGUGGAAGUCGCCUGAUCAUGUACUUAUGCUGAAUGUCACAGCUUGCUGUUUUUGUCUGUGUGAAAUUAUGUUACCCUAUAAACAUAUAUUUUAACUGAUCUCAAGCCAUGAUGUACAUAUUCGUAUUUAUUGAUAUUGUUUCUCUCUGUUGAAACAUACGUACAUAAGUUUAUGCACCCAUCUCCUUUUACUGCUGAGAGAUUUAAGUUUGAAAAAAAAGAUAUAGGGAAUUAGUUGUGGUCUCAAAAUAUUUUAAUUUGUUGACAUUUUAUAGAUUAUGAAAUUUUUAAGACAUUGUUUUUCUGAAAUUGGAUAUGUUAUGAACAUGUUUUCAUUUUAACGCUUGUUGACUAAUUUUACAUUUUAUAGUGCUACUUUCCAAAAGAGCUACUUUGAGUGUUUUGCUUGUUGUUUUAUUGAUUUAUAUUUACCAGAAAAAAUCCUGUUUUUCCAAAAAUGCAAUUUCCACACAAAAUACACACUCUAAUUAUUUUAAAAUGAUUUUUUACUAGGAUGAACUCAUCUCUUCUAAAUUUUACUUGACUUUUGCUUACCUCAUUUUAUCUACGCAUUUUGUCAAAUAUUAGUUUUAUUCCAAAUCUUUUUUACAAUUCAAAUUUAAAAAAAAAAAAAAUCCAAAUUUUUUUUCAAAACAUGCAUACUAAUCACAUCAGAUCUUAAAAAAUUGUUCACUACCACAAGUAUAGAGUACUUAUUUUUCUUGUUGUUAAUUAAUUGUUAUUAUAAAUCAAGGAUUUUGUAGAAUUUUUAAAAAUUUUGGUCUGAUGAUUCUCUUGGGUUUCAUUGGCUAGUCUGUCAUUGUAAAAACUCAAAAUGUUACACAGGUGCUCUUCAUUAACCGCAGGGUACUUAUCGCACCUGUAUAACAAAAUUAUUUAUGUUAACAAAACAGUUAUGCUACAAAAUGUCUUUUUUAUACUAAAAGGGAGAAAAAAAUAAAUAUUAACAUUUGAA